AUGAAUUCAUCUUUCUUGCUCUCCAAUCCUGCUUCAUCUCCCACAAAAAAUGUUUCUUCUACUACCACCACUUCAUCUUCCCUUUCCCCUUCCCCUUCAACUCAACUCUUCACCAGCAAUAAACCUUCCAUCAACAACCAACUCAACAACAACAACAACAUCGACAUCAACAUCAACAUCAAAAAUAAACCCCAAUCAACCAAAUUGGAUAAGAACCACUUUCUUUCUCCUGCCAAUAACUCUGCUGCUGCUCUAAAAGCUGGCUCUCCAAACACUUCAUCUCCUAUAAUGAAAAUUUCUCCAAACGGUAACAUCUCCAUCAAUAAAUCAAGAUAUAAUAACAAUACUAAUAUCAGCAAUGAUAACAAGACUCCAUCUUCUCUAUCUAAAUCCACAGAUAAUACUCCCCUUUCUACUCCCCUUUCUAAUCCUCUUUCGAAUUCAAUUUCAAAAGGUCGUUUCUUAUCUUUCAAUCUAACCCCAACAUCAAAGAAUUCGUCCUCAACAAAGCAUUCAUCCUCCAAAUACAAUAAAAAUGAUUAUGAAUAUAAAAACAAAAAUAAAUAUAAAUAUAAAUACAAAAAUAAAUAUAAAAAUAAAAAUGCUUUCAACAACCCAAUCAAUGACUCGAUUAUCAUUGAAAACUUAAUCCAAAAUAAUACAUCUUCCUUACCUCUACCAAAAUCAAUCCUAAAUCAGGAUUUACCCCCAAACAUAAAUCCAAUUGAUCUACUAUCCUCUCCCUCUUUUAAAUUCAAUAUCGAUAGCCAAAAUCAAAAUCAAAAUCAAAAUCAAAAUCAAAAUCAAAAUCAAAAUCAUACAAAUCACUCUAAUUUCAAUUUCAAUUCCAAUUCCAAUUCCAAUUCUAAUUCCAAUUUUGAUUCCAAUUCAAACUCCAAUUCUAAUCCCACUACUAAUUCCAACACUCAUACUAUCGCUAACAAAUACUCAAACAACAACAGCAAUAACAAUAACAUCAACAAUCAUUUGAUCAACUCUUCUUCUAUUUAUCCUUCUUCUCCUUACUCUUCUUCCCCCUACAAAAUUAACAAUUAUAAUAAUUUUUCUUCUUCCUGCUUCUCAUCAAUAAUACAAUCUUCUCCAAUGCAUUACGCCCACUAUUUUAGUCACAAUAAAUCUCAAAUUAAUACAAACAACACAAAACUUUGUAUUAAAAAUCAUACCAACAACUAUAUCACUAAUUUCGAUGAUGAUUUGGAAUCAUAUAAUAAUAAAUUCAAUAUUCUAUCAAAUAAAUUCAACGAAAAUACAAAUUCAACUAUUGAAAAUGAUCUAAUUCAAUUGGCUGUCAAAAAAAUUCAAUACCAAAAUAAAAAUAAUAACUCAAUUCAUUCAAAUCAUUUAAAAAGGAAAAAUCAACCUGAAUUGGAUUUUGAUUUUGAUUUUUAUCAAAAUAUCAAUAACAAUAACAAUAACAAUAACAAUAACGAUAAUAACAAUACCAAUAAUAAUACUAGCCCCGCUAAUAAUAUCAAUUACAUAAACUAUAUCAACAAUUCAAAUAAUUACAACACUUAUAACACAGUUAAUAGAAAAUUUCCUUCAAAAAGACUAAAAUCAACUGCUUUUUCUUUGCCUCUAUUAUCUCCACCACUGAUUUUCGAUGAUACUAAAAGAGUAAGCAAAAAUUAUUAUAAUAAUAUCGAUAAUUCUAAUUCUAAGAAAUCAAUUAAAAAAAUCAAUUCUAAAAACAAUAACCCUCAUAUUUAUACUCAUAAUAAUAAUAAUAAUAAUAAUAAUAAUAAUAAUAACAAUCAUAAUAAUCAUAAGACAGACUGCAAAAUUAGUAGAUUUGAUAAUAAUAAACUAAACUACUUAUCAUCUCCAACCCCAAGUAAUCGUCGUCACCAUUUAAAAAACUACGCUCAAAGUUCUCCCACAAAGAAACCAAAAUCUACACCAUUAUCAAUUCUUGAUAACUAUAACUACAACUAUUAUAAUAACGGUAACUAUGAUGGUUUUGAUAAUGAAUUUAAUAACAACAGUAUCAAAAUUUCUAAUGUAAAUGAAAAUAAAAAAAAUAGCAAACACCAUAUCAGUUUAGAUAUUGACUCUGCAGGUAAAGCUAUUAUAAGAAAAGUCGAUAAGUUUGGCAAAGAAAGUUAUGAGUAUAAUAUGAACUAUCUCGAAGCAGAAGAUGAAGAAGAAAAAGAAAAUAUUGAUCAAAUUAUUAAAAAUUCAUUUAAUGAUUAUUCUUUAUUGAAUUCUAUUAAAAAAACAAGAGUUUUUUCUCCGGAUAACAAUGAAAUAAGAAAAACUAAUAUUAACGAUGCUUUUUCAAAUGAUUCACCAACAAACAAGUAUUCUACACUUCCAAGAAUCAAAAAUAAAAUUAUUAACAGCAUCAUUGACGACGAUGAUGAUGAUGAUGAUGAUGAUGAUGUCAAUAAUAUAAACAAUAUUAACACUAUUUCCAAUAUUUCCGAUACCAAUAAUUUUAGUAAUAUCAACAAUAUUAGCAAUAUAAACAAUGACAAUAGAAAUCUUAAUCCCGAUAAUAUUUUUAGUCGAAAUAAUGUGCAUGAAUUAAAUUAUAUGAAUGGGAAUGAUAACUAUUACCUAGCAUUGAAAAUGGGAAUCGAUCCAUUAUUAACCUCCUCAACAGCUGAUCCUUUACUAUCUGAUGGUGAUGAACAUAAUAUGGAUAAUCUAAUCUACUUUGAGAAUAGUAUUAAUAAUCUCAAUAAACUUAAUGACAAUAUGAACAAUAUAGAUAAUAUAAAUAACAUUAAUGACAUUGAUGAUAUUAACAAUAUUAAUGAUGAAAUUGAUGAUGAAAAUAACAAUAAAAAUAAUAAUCACACCAAUAAUAAUGACGAUGACGAUGACAAUACUAUUGAUAAUAUGGAAAACGACAGCGAGGAAUUUGAUCAAGACGUAGCUCAUAAAAUUGAGAUUCCAGUUUCAUCGGAUUCAACAAUUAUCGAAGGAAAUGAAUCAGUAGUCGAAAACAGUCAUCUCAUCAAAAACAUGUGUAUGAAAGAUAUUUUAAAAUCUGGCAGCCUUCAAAACUGUAUCAAUAUCAAUAUGAACAGUCUUCCAAUCAAAGCAGUUUAUGCACUGUCUGAAGAUGAAGACGACGAUGAGGAUGAUGCCAGAAAUGCAUUAAUGAAAACAUUUGGCAACUACACAAAAUGUUAUUAA